GCAGAACAACAGAUUCAGUAAACUAAAGACCUUAAAGUCUCUUUCUCCUCUACCAUCUUAGGGGUUUUAUUUUAUCUCAAAGUUCAAAGAGCAAAAGGAUGAUCAGUGCUAAGAAGCUCAUCAAAUUGGUCAGGAAAUGGCAAAAUUUAGCUGCCAUUCGGCGAAAGAGAAUCACAUUUCCGACAACUUCUGAAGAUGUUGCUUCAGAUAGUUGCAGCACAUCAUCAAUGAUCGAGAAGGGUCACUUUGUUGUGUAUAGUGCUGAUCAGAGGCGCUUCGUGCUUCCGUUGGAGUACCUCAAGAACGAAAUUGUUACACAACUAUUUCAAUUGGCAGAAGAAGAAUUUGGAUUGCCAGGGAAUGGACCUCUCAUGUUGCCUUGUGAUGCAGUCUUUAUGAAGUAUGUGAUUAUUUUAAUCAAAAGGCGUGCUACAAAAGAUGUGCAAAGAGCUGUGCUCAUGUCCAUAGCUACAAGCAGAUGCUCAUCAUGUUCAUAUCUCCCUCGACAGGCAACAACCCAACAAUUACCAAUAUGCAGUUUCUAAGGGAAUUUUUGUCAUGCUAUGAAUUAAUUGUAAACAGAUGUUCUUAUUUUUCUUAUGAAUUUCUAUCUUAAGAUUCAAAGUUUCUAUCCAUCAAAAAGGUGAUUCAAAGUUUCUUAGUUAUAGUAUCACAAUUCACAAGGGGCUUUCCAAAAAGCAAUCUUGUGGACCCAUGACGUUUAAGCCGGAAACCUGGAAUUCUU